UUACGGACAUCAAUCUUAAUGAGUUUUUGAAAUCGUAAGGCUGCCAAGAAGUGAGGUCGAGGAAAGUUUCUUUUGUCAUCUCAAAAGACUGCUGGCGUUCGAUUAAUCAUACUCGAAAAUCAGUAGUACACAUUUAGGGAAAUCUAGUACAUAUAUCAUGUGUCAUAAUGUAUUACAACAUUUAUGACACAUUUGAUAGAUAUGUACAUGUUUUUUUUUUUGAUAUCUUUGUACAUAAAUAUGCAGAGGUGAUAAUGCAAUAUCAGCGGUUCUUACUUCGAUGGAGUUCUUGGAAAUCAUCACUUCAUUUAAUUCCAGCGCAGCAUACGAGUAUAUGUAUGUAUGUAUGCAUGUGCAUCUGUAUUAUGUGCGUGCGUCUGUAAACCAUACAAUCGCUUAUCAAAUUUCAAUAAUUUGGCAUACUUCAAUGAAAAUGCUGGCACCCAAAAAAAUUUAGUUGCUCCAAACCCACCAACGCAAUUGUAGGCACAGCCCUGAACUAAUUAGCUAAGAGAUGCAUAUUAAAUGGCUUUAUGAGACUUGCGCACUUUUGAUAUUUUCACUUAUCAUACCUGUGCAUGGCGAUAUUCGCGAGGAAUGCAAUAAUAAGCCCAGCAAUGCCUUCAUUGUCAGCAAUACAUCGUGCAGUCAUUAUAUCUACUGUGCAGGCAUCGAUUCCUAUGAAGGCGAAUGCCCAGAUGGCGAUUACUUCAAUGAGUUGCUACAGACAUGUGAUCCCAGCGAGCUCGUCGAUUGCAAACUCAACACUACAGCUAGUAAUCCAUCGGUUGAUACGCCAGCACCCGCACUGACGACGACCACUAUUAUCAGCUCCCCAUCGCCUGCCACCAUCAAUAAUUCUAUAAUAAGUUCAAUCAAUACAACCGCAGGCGAAAUUUUUCUGUCAACCACACCAGCGAUGGCCACUAGCUACCCGGGUAAUGGGAAUACGAGUACUAUGAGUCCUGCAAUAGGUGCGGUUGCAGCCACAACGCUCGCAUCGAUUACAAAUGGCGAUACGGCCAUAAUUAUAUCAAACAAAUGUCCGGCCUUGGAUAAUCCCCGUCAGAUGAUUUUCGUGCCGCACUCAAAAUCUUGCUCGGAUUAUUUUAUUUGCUACCAUGGGGAGAGAUUGGCCAUGCAUUGUUCCUCGAUGCUACACUUUAAUGUGAAUACUGGAAAAUGUGAUUAUCCGGAAAUCGUUGGGUGUCGGACCGAUUUCAGCAAUCCGAGAGAACAAUGCCAGUUGCACACCAUCGAUUUGUAUCCGCAUACAACGAAUUGUAAUUAUUUUUAUUAUUGUCGUAACGGGUACCUUCUCUUGCAGCAAUGCCCUUUUGGCUAUGGCUGGGAUAUCGAAAAACGAGCCUGUACCGCGAUGCUACAAGCUAUUUGCUACAAUAGAAGAAAUAAAAGAAAGUUGUGAGACAAGCCAUUUUUGUACAUUAUUUUAAAAUCUACAAAAUAAA